CUCGGCGUCCUGCCGCGGGCGCCUUCUGGGCUUGCUUUUACGCCCCGGUCUAGCCGUGGGCUUUCCCGCUGCUGCUGCCCAGAUUUUCCGAGACCGGCCGACUGCCGUCGCCUUAUGUGAUGCUGCCUUUCCGUUGACAGAGGGCUCUGUUUUUCUGCCUCAUCCUCAGGGUGCCGCAGCUCUUCUUUGUGGAAUGUUGCGCUUGGUGUACCGCUGCAGCGAGAUGGGCGUGCUGUUGCUCGCUCGUUGCACAUCUCCCCACUGGUCCAGCCCUCCACCGGGCUACUCAUGCGUCCCCAUCUGAGUGCCUUGUAAGUGGCCUGGUGGACAAAGGCAGCCGAAGGAUGGCAAAAGGAUGUCAAAAACGGCUGUAGCAGCGUUGCACCGUUGCAAGGUCCGCUCCUUCCACACAACUUGCAGUGUCCCAGCAGACACCCCGGCGGGACAGAGCUUAGGAAGACCAUGUCCGAAAAGAUCCUCGUGACAGGUGGAGCUGGCUACAUAGGGAGCCACUGCGUGCUGGAACUGGUUGAGGCUGGCUAUGCCCCGGUAGUUAUCGAUAACUUCCACAAUGCCAUCCGAGGGAAAAAUAUGGUCCCGGAGAGUAUCCAGCGGGUGAUGGAGAUUGUGGGAAAGGAGAUCCCAUUUCAAGAGCUGGAUGUGCUUGACGAGAGGGGCCUUCAGGAGCUCUUCAAAAAGCAUCACUUUUCUGCAGUGAUACAUUUUGCGGGUCUUAAAGCUGUUGGAGAGUCAGUCCAGAUGCCCCUGGAAUAUUACAAAGUGAAUCUGACAGGGACCAUCCGGUUGCUAGAGGCCAUGAAAGCCCAUGGAGUCAGGAACAUAGUAUUCAGCAGCUCAGCCACAGUCUACGGAGACCCUGUUUACCUCCCUCUUGAUGAGAAGCACCCAGUCGGCAGUUGCACCAACCCUUAUGGCAAAUCCAAAUAUUUCAUUGAAGAGAUGAUCCAAGACUUGUGCAAGGCAGAACCAGAGUGGAAUGCUGUUCUCCUGCGAUAUUUUAACCCCAUUGGAGCGCACAAGUCAGGAAAAAUUGGAGAAGACCCCCAGGGCAUCCCAAACAACCUGAUGCCUUAUGUUGCUCAGGUGGCUGUGGGGCGCAGAGAGUACCUGAACGUCUUUGGGAACGAUUAUAACACAGCGGAUGGGACAGGCAUCCGGGAUUAUAUCCAUGUAACCGAUCUGGCAAAGGGCCACAUUGCAGCCUUGAAGAAGCUCAAGGAGAACUGUGGAUGUAAGAUUUACAACCUUGGAACUGGUGUUGGCUACUCGGUCUUGCAGAUGGUCAAAGCCAUGGAGAAGGCAUCUGGAAGACAGAUAAACUACAAGAUCGUUGAACGCCGAGAAGGGGAUGUAGCCUCUUGUUAUGCCAACCCUGGUCUAGCUGAGCGGGAGCUGGGUUGGAAAGCUAUCUUUGGCCUCGACAAAAUGUGUGAGGACUUGUGGCGGUGGCAGUCACAGAAUCCCACCGGUUUCAGCAAGAACUAGGAUAUAGAAGAUGUUCCCUGUUCUUCCCACGUACAACCACUAGCACAUUAGUGCUGACCCAAGGGCUGACUAGAUUUGAAAAGGGAAGAAGAUGGUUCAUGCUCCCAUUUCUUCUCUUUUUUGGAGCUGAAGCAUCACACCAGAAGAGGAGGAUGCUAUUACCUUCUUAAGCUGACUGUUCUCUUCUCCUCAUCUCAUCCUCUGCCAGAAACUCAGAAUUUUUUACGGAUUGAGGGGAUAUAUUUUUUACUGAAUGAGGAGCAGUGGGACACCUGGCUGGAUGUCACAGGAUGCCAAAAGCCAAGUGUUUUCCUAGAGCUUGGUUGGCUUUGGGGGAAUUCAGCCCAUGACUCUUUGGCGUUUUUGGUUCCAAGAGAUGAGAGCUGCUCAGGGUCAAGAGAGCAAGAUUUGACAGACCUGAUGCUUUUGUUUGAGAGGAAAAGGCAAGAUAAACAAAGUGGUUAAAAACCUAAGCCUGGGGGUGGUGAAGAGGGUUUUGUCAUUCUCUCAAUUUCUUUUUCUAAAUUAUAAACAGUACACUCCCAUUUUUUGAGCAAAAUAAUAGUAAUAGAAGUAUCUCUUUAAGCUAAGCUAUAAAUUUUAACAUUGCUUAGACUAUAGUCCAAAGUCUGUUGGGCUAGUUGCUGUCUAAAACAGGCUUCACAGAUUCUUAGUGAACCUUUUAGUUCUUUGGGAUAGUGAUACAACUAAAGGCACUAUAUGCAGUGAUAUUUCUAUUGUCUUGAAAAGAGAUGCUCCCUCCCCUUUUUUUAUAUUGUAAAUUGAAAAAAAAAAGAGCAUUAGGAAUAGUCUUCCAGCUAGGUAGAUGAAAAGUAAAACAAGAUGGUCUACAUGGAACAAGUGACUCCAAAAGUAUUCAGUACCGUGACUGUCGAUACAAGAUUUAAGCUGAAGUCAGAUUCUUCUGCCAAAGGCAUCAACCACCUAUUUAUAACUAAGGUGGCAGGAAACCAAAGGUCUUGGAAUCCCAGGCUAUGUUUCUUAAGUUCCGCAUUUCAAGACAACGUUCAGGAUCCAAAGGCCUAUCAAACUAGACAAGGACCCCAGACACCACCAUUUUCCUCAGAUAGCAGCUACUCUAGAAAGUUUGACAUGGCUUCUAAAGCAUCUUGAUCAAAGAGCAGGGAGGGAGGAGAGGCCACUUGUAAGAGGUGUAGAGUCGUGGGGUACAAGACAAUUCCAGGGCUCGUUGCUGUGAAAGAAUCUGGAAUAUUAUGCUGGAAAUACAACACUUUAGACACUUGUGCUUUUUAAAACAUUUGCAGCAGCAAUUCCUUUGGCCUGUUUCCAUUCUUCGAUGAAGAGACCAAUUUGGUUCUAGUGCAAAUCACUACCUCCUUCCUUGGUCGUAUAGAUGACUUCAUCACGCAAAGCCUAAUACAGGCUUGUUUUGAUACACUGAAUAUGAACUAAAUCCCAUCUCUGUUUCCACUGGAAGCUACUAUUUUAGGCUCUGGAUCUAGGACCAUCUGUUUACAGACAGCGUUUAGUGCAGCAUAAGGAAAUCUUGCUCUGGUUAACAUUUUUGUUUAGCUUCUUAUGCCAACUUGAGUUUACAUGUUAAGAGCAAAUUUUAUUUUAAUUUCCAUACUGUAAACUGCUUUGUCAAAAUCCUGGUACAGGGGCCAUCCAUCAGGGAAGCGAUUAGAUUAUCUUCAAGGUCCCUUCCAACCCAUACAUUCUCGAAUCUUCAAUGAAAUUCCAGCCUUUGGGUUAAUUCAGAAGAGCAAAUGACAGACACUAGUGGAAUAUGUUCUUUCAAUAAGGGGCAAGAUGGAACAGCUCUAUCUGCUUGGCUAUAAAUUAUCUCCCUUUCCAUUCCUGCUCCAUUCCUCCAUUAGAUGCUACUGAAAUAUAUAUAUAUUUAUUCUUCUUAACCUUUAUUUUCUGCCUUCCACACUAUUAUGCACAAUCUAGGGCUCCUGGCCAGUAACUCACAAGUGACUUUUGAAAUCUAUUUUUUUCCAAUCUUAGCCCUGUUAGGAUAGUCAUUUGGUGAACAGCUCUUAAAAGAGAUUUAAAUAGCUUUCAAGAUCCAGGACAUCAGUGUUAUAAGAUUAACAUUAAUGUGCAUAUACAUUGAACAAAACUAACUUCUGGAUGCUUCAAGAGCAGGAAUGGGCAACCUUUUUGGGGCCACAAGAGUUUCACUUAAAAAUAAAAACUGGCUCCAAGGGCUGUAAAGUGGGUGAUUGCUUUUGCAAGGAAACCUUUCCUUUCAGGCACUCUCAAGCGGGUAAAAAAUAAUUUUAGUACAGAUUUAAGAGAUCACUAUCACAGUAAAUAUGCUAUGAAAAGUCUGAAAAAUGAAAAAAGGUAGCAACAACUUCAAUUGCCCUAGGUCACCCCCCACUUUUUUAAAAAUCCAUCCAAUCAUGUCUGAUUCUUGGAGACUGCCUGGAUAAGUCCCUGCAGUUUUCUUGUUACCCAUUAGCCCUCUUUAGAUUUAAAUUAAUAGGUUACCCAUUAGUCCUCUUCAAAGGAAGCCAAAGGUUGCCUGCUCCUCCCCAAAAGUCAAGCUUCCUGAAGAACUGAACCAGGUGAAAGAAGCACAGGGGAAAUGCUAACAAGCUAUUUGAUAACAAUGCCCCAGGGAUACCUAGGAAAAAACCAGUGAUGUUAAGACUAAAUACAUUGGAUAAUGAUAUUAUUGCUGUAAUAAAUUAUUUACUUUUGAAGUGUUAAUGGGAAUUGGUUGUUGAUGGCAGUGGCAUAUCAAUAAAUAAUGAAUUUGCAGUAUUCAUUGGCUGAGUUCAUGCAAGAUGUUUAGUUAUGGGCUGCUGAAUAAACCGUAAUUGCUUAAACUAUU